CAACUUCUUUUUUUUACCAUUAGAAAACGUAGCUGAAUCAAGACAUUUUGGUUAUUCCACUUUGAACUUAUAAGCUGGAAGCCAUUUUAUAGGGAAGGCAAGAGCUUAUUGAGACAAACCGUCUCAUACGAACUGAAUCGGGCUAAUAUGGACAAGAACGGCAUGAAUCCUGAAGAAAUUGCAUUAUACGAUAGACAAAUUAGACUUUGGGGCUUCAAUGCCCAACAAGCGUUAAAACAAUCUCGAGUUUUGUUAAUUACAGCAUCUCCUUUAUCAAACGAAAUUGCAAAAAAUUUAGUCUUGGCCGGUAUUGGGGAGUUAUGCUUGCAAGACACCCAUUCUGUUGAGAUGCAAGAUGUGCAUGACCAGUUCUUUUUGGAGGAUUCAAAUAUAGGAAAAUCUAAGGUAUCUUCCCUUAUAGAAAAACUUAAAGACCUCAAUCCUCUGGUGAAAUUAUCCUCUUUGAAUACACCGAUCGCAGAGUUGUCUGAAAGUAUAAUCUCUUCGUUUCAAAUGGUUAUUGCAACUCAGCUACAAUAUGAUGAUUUCUGCAAGGUAAACAAUUUAUGUCGUACCAGCAAGCGUCCUAUGUAUGCUUCAAGUUGCUAUGGACUUUAUGGAUUUGCUUUCGCGGAUUUGAUCGAUCAUGAAUUUGUAAUAGAAAAAACUGUUGAAAAUACUAAAGUUGAGCAAGCAAUGUCGACCAGUCAAAAACCCAUGCAGGUAGCUUUUGAUACUGCCCUUGGUUCCAAGUUAAAACCUCGUUUAGCAAAAAAAGUUCCGGCAGCUUAUCCAGCGUUAUUGUCCGUUCUGAAACACAACAGGUCAGACCCGGAUUCCAUCAAGAAGAUGUGUCUUGAACAAAAGUUAGAUCCAAGCGCAAUCCUAAACGAAAGCUUUUUGAACGACUUUUCCCAGAAUUCCAACUUCCAGUGGAUGCCAGUGAUCUCCAUCGUAGGAGGUGUUGUUUCCCAGGAUGCUUUGAAUGCAAUUAGUAAACGCCAAUAUCCCAUAGAUAACUUUUGGAUCUUUGAUGCUGAAACCAGCACGGGACCUAUAUACAUGCUGUAAUUACGAGUUGGUUGUGUAUAAAUUUGAAUGCCCAUUUCUACUUUCUAUCUUUUCCAAAUAUUUUUAUUUCUAUAUCAAAGAAGCAAUUUCUAAUACAGAAUCUAUAAUAUUUUCAUACUACCACUUAAUUUGACAGAAGUUUGUUUACACAAUAG